GACGUCGUCACGUAGCGUCCACCGUUAUGUAUGUCACCUCCCAGUCGAAAUUAAACCCACUCCACUCCGUCUGCGGAAGCAUACACACGGUCCUCUCUCUCUCUUUCUCGCUCUCUGAAAAUGGCUCAGUCAGUUCUCGACACCAUGCCCGGAGCCGCGACGGGAACCGUGCUGCUCACAGAUCCUCUGAAUUUCUGGGAUGGGAAGCGAGUGAAGCCCAGGCAGGAGAAAAACGCAGAGCCCGUGUUUGAACCUGCAACUGGCCGUGUCCUCUGUCAGAUGGUACCCUGUGGCGCUGAGGAGGUGGAGGAAGCCAUAGAGAGCGCCCACGCUGCCUACUUAAAAUGGAGCAAGAUGGCAGGCAUGGAGAGGGCUCGGGUGAUGUUAGAGGCUGCCCGCAUUAUCAGGGAAAGAAGGGAGAAGAUUGCAAAGUUAGAAACAAUCAACAAUGGCAAGUCCAUCACUGAAACACUGGUGGAUAUUGAUAUAUCCUGGCAGACCAUUGAGUACUAUGCUGGCCUGGCUGGUACACUUGCAGGCCAGCACGUCCAGCUGCCUGGUGGAUCAUUUGCGUACACGCGGAGGGAGCCCCUUGGUGUGUGUGUAGGAAUCGGUGCGUUUAAUUACCCCUUCCAGAUCGCUGCAUGGAAAUCUGCUCCUGCUAUGGCAUGUGGUAAUGCCAUUGUAUUUAAGCCCUCCCCAAUGACUCCUGUGACUGCCGUGGUUCUGGCUGAGAUCUACAAAGAGGCAGGAGUACCCGAUGGGCUCUUCUGUGUGGUUCAAGGUGGAGCAGACACUGGCACCUUGCUCUGCCAUCACCCAAAGGUGGCCAAAGUCUCUUUCACUGGCAGUGUGGCAACCGGCAAAAAGGUCAUGGAAAUGUCUGCAAAGGGGGUGAAGCAGGUGACUCUGGAGCUUGGAGGGAAAUCUCCCCUCCUGAUCUUCAAAGACUGUGAGCUGGAAAACGCAGUGAAGGGAGCACUCAUGGCAAACUUCCUGACACAGGGACAGGUUUGCUGCAAUGGGACCAGAGUGUAUGUGCAAAGAGAGAUCAUGCCCCAGUUCCUGGAAGAAGUGGUGAAGAGGACCAAGGCCAUCUCUGUGGGGGACCCCCUGUUGGACGGCACCCGCAUGGGAGCGCUGAUCAGCAAGCCCCAACUGGAGAAAGUGCUGGGCUUUGUCAAUCAGGCCAAGAAAGAGGGAGCCAAAGUGCUUUGUGGAGGAGAGCCGUUUGUCCCCAGUGACCCCAAAUUGAAAGGGGGCUACUUCAUGUCACCCUGUGUACUCGAUAACUGCAGAGAUGACAUGACCUGUGUGAAGGAGGAGAUUUUCGGCCCAGUCAUGUCUGUGCUGCCCUUCGACACGGAGGAAGAAGUGAUCCAAAGGGCCAACAACACCACCUUUGGACUGGCCUCUGGAGUCUUCACCAGGGACAUUUCUCGAGCCCAUCGUGUGGCUGAGAAAAUGGAGGCAGGGACCUGCUUCAUCAACAACUACAACAUCAGCCCCGUGGAAGUGCCAUUUGGAGGAUACAAGAUGUCAGGCUUUGGCAGAGAGAAUGGCCAGGUGACAAUCGAGUACUACUCCCAGCUGAAGACUGUGGUUGUGGAAAUGGGCGACGUCGACAACUACUUCUAAACUCCUCUCGCCAGUUUCCACUGCUGUGCCACAACUGGGAAUUAAACACUUCACUUUACCUUUUAGUCAUGUGCUAUGCAUACUGCACGCAGUAGUGACUGUCCACAAAAAUAAUAUAACUGUCCAGUGCAUUGUAUAACUUUGGAUGCGGAGAUCCAUUUAUUUAGUUAUAUAAACACAUGCUGUGAUAUCCCACUUACGGGUAAAGUUUUCACAUAAAACACUCAAAACUAUGCAGAAAACACUAACUAAACAAAUAAAGUGCAUUAUUUCUAUUAGAAGUGUCACAAUGUCUCACAGAAGAAGAAACAAUGCACGCACAGUGCUCAAAUUAACACAAACCUUGAUGUCAAACUAACUGCUUAUUAAAGAAGAAGACGACAUGCUGGUGUUUGAUGUGUGUACAACCAGGAGCCUUAAUUAGAAAAUCUUUGUGUAGUGAACUGUGACUCAGCACUAAUCAGUCGGUGUCAGAUGUUUAUGCCAACUAAUGCCUUUUUAUCCAAAUAAAAUGCUUUAGAUACAAAGUCUCUCUUCCUGGUUAAUUCUGAAUAAAAGAUGAAUUAAGAUUGAA